AUGACCGCGUGGCUCCUGCCAGCGGGUGGGCUUCCCGACGCCGGCUUCUGCGUCCCUGCGUGGCAGUCCUGGUCCAGCCUUUCGCGGGUCCUGUGCUGGCCAGGGCCUCGGCUGCACGGACUCCUUCUCCUGCUGCUGCUCCCGCCGCCUGCUGCCCUCUCGGCCGUGUUCAAAGUGGGGGUCCUGGGCCCCUGGGCUUGCGACCCCAUCUUCGCCCGGGCCCGCCCAGAUCUGGCUGCGCGUCUGGCCGCUAACCGCCUGAACCGUGACCUUGCCCUAGACGGCGGCGGCGGCGGCCCCCGGUUCGAGGUUGCGCUGCUCCCAGAGCCUUGCCUGACCCCAGGCUCUCUAGGAGCGGUGUCCUCUGCGCUGGCUCGAGUCUCUGGCCUGGUGGGUCCGGUGAACCCCGCAGCCUGCCGGCCAGCCGAACUGCUAGCCCAGGAGGCUGGAGUAGCUCUGGUGCCCUGGGGCUGCCCAGGCACGCGGGCGGCGGGAACUACAGCCCCGGCGGUGACCCCCGCUGCAGAUGCCCUCUACGUCCUCCUUAGAGCAUUCCGCUGGGCGCGCGUGGCCCUGAUCACCGCGCCCCAGGACCUGUGGGUGGAGGCGGGACGUGCUCUGUCCACAGCACUCAGGGCGCGGGGCUUGCCGGUUGCCCUAGUGACCUCCAUGCAGCCCUCAGACCUGUCUGGAGCUCGGAAGGCCCUCAGGAGGAUCCGGGACGGGCCUCGAGUUAGAGUGGUGAUCAUGGUGAUGCACUCGGUGCUGCUGGGCGGCGAGGAGCAGCGCUACCUACUGGAAGCUGCAGAAGAGCUGGGCCUAGCUGAUGGCUCUCUGGUCUUCCUGCCCUUCGACACGCUCCACUACGCGUUGUCUCCAGGCCGGGAGGCUCUGGCUGCUCUGGUCAACAGCUCCCGGCUUCGCAGAGCUCACGAUGCGGUGCUCACACUCACGCGCCACUGUCCUCCGGGAGGCAGCGUGCAGGACAGCCUGCGCAGGGCCCAAGAGCACCAGGAGCUGCCCGCUGACCUCAACCUGCAGCAGGUCUCUCCACUGUUUGGAACCAUCUAUGAUGCUAUCUUCCUGUUGGCUGGGGGAGUGACAAGAGCCAGAGAAGCUGUGGGUGGUGGCUGGGUGUCAGGUGCAUCUGUGGCCCGCCAAGUUCAGGAAGCCCAAGUCUCUGGCUUUUGCGGGGUCCUGGGAAGAACCGAGGAGCCCUCCUUUGUGCUGCUGGACACAGAUGCGUCAGGAGAUCGGCUCUUCACCACACAUCUGUUGGAUCCUAUCCGAGGCUCUAUACGCCCUGCUGGGCCCCCUGUGCACUUCCCUCGAGGUGGACCUGCGCCUGGGCCAGAUCCUUCCUGCUGGUUUGAUCCAGAUGUGAUCUGCAAUGGAGGAGUGGAGCCAGGCCUGGUCUUCAUUGGCUUCCUCCUGGUGAUCGGGGUGGGACUGACCGGAGCCUUCCUGGCUCAUUACCUGAGGCACAGGCUGCUACACAUGCAAAUGGUCUCCGGCCCCAACAAGAUCAUCCUGACUCUGGAAGAUGUUACCUUCCUUCACCCACCAGGGGGCAGCUCUCGGAAGGUGGCCCAGGGCAGUAGAUCAAGUCUGGCUACCAGGAGCACAUCAGACAUUCGCAGUGUCCCCAGCCAGCCCCCCGAGAGCAGCAACAUUGGCCUCUAUGAGGGAGACUGGGUUUGGCUGAAGAAAUUUCCAGGGGAUCAUCAUAUGGCCAUCAGGCCAGCAACCAAGACAGCCUUCUCCAAGCUGCGGGAGCUCCGGCAUGAGAAUGUGGUUCUCUACCUGGGGCUGUUCCUGGCGGGGACAGCAGACAGCCCUGCCGCCCCUGGGGAGGGCAUUUUGGCUGUGGUCUCAGAGCACUGUGCUCGGGGCUCCCUCCAUGACCUCCUGGCCCAGAGAGACAUAAAGCUGGACUGGAUGUUCAAGUCUUCUCUCCUGCUGGACCUCAUCAAGGGAAUGAGGUAUCUGCACCACCGCGGUGUGGCCCACGGGAGGCUUAAGUCUCGGAACUGCGUGGUGGACGGGAGGUUCGUGCUCAAGGUGACAGAUCAUGGCCACGGGCGACUGCUGGAAGCGCAAAGGGUGUUACCGGAGCCUCCCAGUGCGGAGGAUCAGUUAUGGACAGCCCCAGAGCUGCUUCGGGACCCAGCCCUGGAGCGACGCGGAACCCUCGCUGGGGAUGUCUUUAGCCUGGGCAUCAUCAUGCAGGAGGUCGUGUGUCGCAGCCCUCCCUAUGCUAUGCUGGAGCUCACACCCGAGGAAGUGAUCCAGAGGGUACAGAGUCCUCCCCCACUGUGUCGGCCCCUGGUGUCAAUGGACCAGGCGCCCAUGGAGUGCAUCCAGCUGAUGACGCAGUGCUGGGCAGAGCAGCCAGAACUUCGGCCCUCUAUGGACCACACCUUUGACCUGUUCAAGAGCAUCAACAAGGGCCGGAAGACGAACAUCAUCGACUCCAUGCUUCGGAUGCUGGAACAGUACUCCAGUAACCUGGAGGACCUGAUCCGAGAGCGCACAGAGGAGUUAGAGCAGGAGAAGCAGAAGACAGACAGGCUGCUCACGCAGAUGCUGCCUCCAUCUGUGGCUGAGGCCCUGAAGAUGGGGACAUCUGUGGAGCCCGAGUACUUUGAAGAGGUGACGCUCUACUUCAGUGACAUCGUGGGCUUCACCACCAUUUCGGCCAUGAGUGAGCCCAUUGAGGUGGUGGACCUUCUCAAUGACCUCUAUACGCUCUUCGACGCCAUCAUCGGGGCCCACGAUGUCUACAAGGUGGAAACAAUCGGCGAUGCCUAUAUGGUGGCCUCCGGGCUGCCACAAAGGAAUGGGCAGCGGCAUGCCGCAGAGAUUGCCAACAUGUCACUGGACAUCCUCAGUGCGGUAGGCUCUUUCCGCAUGCGCCAUAUGCCUGAGGUACCAGUGCGCAUCCGCAUUGGCCUGCACUCAGGCCCGUGCGUGGCUGGUGUUGUGGGCCUCACCAUGCCUCGGUACUGCCUAUUUGGGGACACAGUCAACACAGCCUCACGAAUGGAGUCCACGGGGCUACCUUACCGCAUCCACGUGAACAUGAGCACUGUUCAGAUUCUUUGUGCUCUGGACCAGGGCUACCAGAUGGAGCGGCGGGGCCGCACAGAGCUAAAGGGCAAGGGUGCUGAGGACACGUACUGGCUUGUGGGUAGACAGGGUUUCAACAAGCCCAUCCCCAAACCACCGGAUCUGCAGCCAGGGGCCAGCAACCAUGGCAUCAGUCUGCAGGAGAUCCCCCCAGAGAGGCUCAGGAAGUUGCAGAAAGCCAGGCCGGGCCAGUUCACUGGGAAGUGAAGCUCCCUGGGAACAGGAUUAUUCUGCAAGGCCCUUUCUGAAGUUGCUGCUAUACCUGGGUCUGACAUCUGAGGUUUCCGUCCAGUUCUGCCUCCAAGGACUCUGAGCCAGGAGUCUGCUGCAGACCAGCAAUGUGACCUUGGGAAGAUCGGAAGUGCUGUUCAGUCUCCCCUGGGUGGUAGAAUGAGGGGGGCUAAGUGGUUUCCACCACGCUGUGGCCCUUACAGUGGCCUUUAGAGUGGCUGGCCUUGGGACUCAGGCUGUGGCAUAGGACCCUCAGGUCCAAGGACCCUGAGCUCAUUGGGGGUUGCAGAAGUGGAGGGUUCUCCACUCUCUGGGUCCUGUGAGACCCCAGAAGCAGGGAUCUGGGAUCAGAAACUCCAGGGGCAUGGAGGCCUCAUGUUCUACAGGGCAGGGGUCAUCAUGCAGCCUGGAAAGACCAGGUCUUCUGUUAACCUCCAUCUUAUUCCCUCUGCUCUCCAUCGCUCACUGGUAAGAAACUGGCUCCCGCUCCAAUGGGCAGAACCAAAUCACUUGCCCAAGUGCAGAGAAAAGCUUGCUUUGAUGCUCCAGGGGAGGGAAAUCAGCUGCAUCAAACUUUGCUAACCAGAAUAAUGGCAGAUGGAUAGUUUAUCGUCUGCUCAUCUGGGUGUUGGUGAAUUGAUAGUUGAAAAAAAAAAAAUUCUCCUGAGAUCUUUGCAGCCAACGUCCACAUCUAGUCCUGACCAAUCCCCAGCUGAAGUUUCCUUUGUGGAACACUGAGCUGCCGGCGCCUGGGCUUUGGCAAGUUUGACUCUUGCUGUCUCUGUCGUUGGCACAGAUUCUGGAGGAUGUUGGCAGCAGACACCCAGUAGGUAGUGAGUGUCCAGGACCUGGCAAUGUAAACAGAACUGGAGACGAUGUUGACAGAGUCUGAAAGAUGAAAGAAGUCCUCACUAAGAGAGGCACAGCUGGUAUGCCAGCAGCACUGGCAUCACCUGGGAGACUGUUAGGCACACAGAGCCUCAGUCCCACACCCACGGAAUCAAGUCUGCGUUUGAAGGUGGCCCCUCAAAGCAUUACAGGCCUGCAGCAACUUCUUAAUCUGAGAAUGCUCAGGACAGAAACUAGCCAUUACAUUUGUUUGAUUUGGCUCGUGGGAUGUUUUUGUUUUGAGCUAACAUUUGAAAAUCAAUUGAAAAGUAGUAAACUAAUACAUACAUACAUAUAUAUGUACACACAUAUAUAUACAUAUAGUGUAUGUAUGUAUGUGUAUAUAUAUAUAGAUAGAUAGAUAUAGAUAUAGAUAUAGAUAUAGAUAUAGAUAUAGAUAUAGAUAUAGAUAUAGAUAUAGGCUAGGGGUGAGGGGCAGGUGUGGUAGCACACACAUACCUUCAAUGCUAGCACUGAACAGGCAGAGACAUAUGGAUCUCUGAGAGUCUGAAGCCAGCCUGCUAUACACAGUGAGUUUCCAGCUAGCCAGGGCUGCCAGUAAGAACCUGUCUAAACAAAAACAACUGUGUAUAGUUAUAUAUGUAAUAUACAAGCUAGGGCUGGAGAGAUAGCUCAGUGGUUAAGAACACUUGUUGGUUUUCCAGAGAAUCAAGGUUUGAUUCCCAAGACCCACCUAGAGGCUAGCAAUGGUCGAUAACUCCAGUUCUAGGGGAUCUGACACCCUCUUCUGGCCUCUGCAGGCCCUGGGAAUGUAUGUGGUUUACAGACACACAUGCAAACAAAACACCCACACACGUAAAAUAAUUUUUUAAACAAUCUAAAAAUAUUUUAACUUUCUUUAAAAAAUAAAAAACAUUAUGUAGUUACCGCUAAGUAUCUAUAAUGUACCAAUUCAAGGACUCUGGUGGAUACCAAAAUCCUUGACUCUCAAGUCCCUUAUAUAAGAUAUAACUUUUUAGAUAGUACCUAUGCACUUUAUCCUGUGUACUCUAAGUAAUUUCUAGAUUAUUUGUAAUAGAGACGACGGUAGAGAAUAAUGACAGGAAAAAGCAGGAUAUGCUCAGUGCGGAUACACCUACACCUUCCUAGGCCUAACUGCACAGCACACAGCCAUGGUUGGCUGUGUCAGCAUAAAAACCACAGCUCUCAUCAUAAAGGAAGUAAGAGAUAGUUUGUGCUGGGACCAUUGUGAGGGACCAUGGCCUGGGAACACAGAUUUUGGUUACCCCAAAUUCCAUGCUCUAACACGGAAGUAGUUUCAUAGAGUUUUUAUAACUUUACAGAAAGAAGAAAUUCAUAAAUCAAGGCAACUUUAAAAUACAUUGGUGGGUGUCCGAGAGAGCUGGGUACAAAGAGAUGAGGGAGCUAGUCUAUAGGCCCAAGAUGCUACUGUGUGACAUUCUUGGCUCUUGGAUUGGUGGAAACUAGCAUUCUGCUAAAUUAACAGCUUCUAAGAGGUUUUUAUUUAUUAUCACAAGGUAUUAGCUAGGAUACAGAGUGGGAAAAAAAAUGGCUGUUCCAGAAGGCUAGAACUAGUCCGAUAAAGUAAUUAGCCUCUGAACCUACAAAAUCCCAUUCUCUCCACAGUAGUGAAAUUCCAAUGGGUCCGUCAGUCUCUGCAGACACAGACUCCUUCCCUGAGUUUCUUUCUUUCUUUUUUUUUUUUGGUUUUUUGAGACAGGGUUUCUCUGUGUAGCUUUGCACCUGUCCUGGAUCUCGCUCUGUAGACCAGGCUGGCCUCAAACUCAGAGAUCCGCCUGGCUCUGCCUCCCGAGUGCUGGGACUAAAGGCGUGCGCCACCACUGCCCGGCCUCCAGAGUUUCUUGGUCACAGGCAGCCAGGCUUCUUUUUGGGAAUUUUCAUUCACAGUGGAAUCUGUGGGUGCGGGAUUGGAAAAACGCAAAGGGCUGACUGUACUAGACUCCCCACUUUUCCUGAAAUUGAAAGCACCACAUGGGGCUUGCAUCUCCCCUUGGCCACAGUCACUUUAAUCCAGGGCGCUACCCCUCCAGUUCUCCUGGCCCUCACUACUCCCCGCCAACGGCAAACACCAAGGUUCCUUUUGAGAACAGCGCUGCCUGGCAUCUGUAGACAUUAAGCCUAGGAUGUUAAGAUCACAGCUACUUCUAGAGCCUGCUUUUCCCUCCUCCUCCUCUCCCUCCUCCUCCUCCUCUUCCCUUGUCCUCCUCCUCCCUCUUCCUCUUCCCUUCUCCUCCUCCUCCUUCUCCGUGUUUAGUAUUGAUUAAUGGCUUCCUCCCCUUUCCUAAUGGCAAAAACAAUUUUUUU